AAUCAUUAACAGGCAAAUCUUCUUGUGACAGUUACGUAAUAAUGUCACAAAAGUUUCGUCAGAGGUUUCACAUCUGACAAGCCCCCCUCACAUGGGCACCGACUGUCUGUAAACCAAUGAACGCCUAUCCGACUCAGUUCGAUAGUCAGCUUGGAGCGUCAGACGUGUAAGUUUCAGUCGAAUGACGAGGCAUGUUGUUGAUCUAUGUUAAAUGCCUCCUAGAACCCACGAUUCCCAGGAAUACGCCUCUGAGUUGCAUGACAGUGCUGACAUGCUGAAGGAACAAUUACGGGAGGCUAAAUCAUGCGCUGAUGAGGAGCGUAGAAUGAAAAAUCUCGAUGGGUUAAUGAACACGCUCUUACUCUGCGCGGGUGCUACUGCAUUCAUAAAUAAAUUUGCAACCAUGCAGCCCGACUUCCUCCUAUACCACAGACAUACAAACGUGGUAGCUGGAGUCAAUGACGUCUUCCGCACCAUCAGCAACGGCACGUUCACAAGUGGAACAAUCCUGUCGGUCUUCGCAGCGCCUUCGUUCACGCUUUUGGUUCUACAAGGAGUGAUGGACGCGUGUCUCUUCGUCCCCCCUUUCAUUGUGGCUAUCACUAUAUUUGGGAAGUGGGUUCUAGGCCACUUCGCCACGAGUACGAGCGAGGACAUCGACGCGCACAUGAGACGGCGACCAAUACACGACUGGCCUCCACAUGUACGGGCCCGCGUCUUGUCAUGGUCAAAUGCGUUACCCGUUUUGUUUGGUCUUUCUCAAGCCCUCUGUACACUGUGUUGGCUCCUUGGGCGGCAACCGCUCCUAGCAACUUGUGUCAUUACGGUACUCGCUUUGUGGUGUUCGAUCAUCUUGUUCGUGUUGAAAAAGAGUUUCACGCCCUAAUUUUAAUUUCAGAGUUCUCUUCAGAGGGGAGACUCCAGAAUUUCACCAGGAACUCUUGCAAGUAUUCGUUUAGCCGAAUGCUAGUGUACCGUAUGUCAGUAUUAGGGAGGAAGACUGACUUCAAGUAUCUGAAUGAAGGAAAAGCAAGACCAACCGAAAGUCAAUAUUGUCUCGAGUUCAUGGGGGCAGCUCAGCUUAACAAGAAGUUGAUUAGAUUCGGACGCUAAAGGUUACCGUUGAGCAACUGUUGAAAUACUUUGAAUGAUGUUUUGCGACUUGUCGCAGUGUUAUUUCCAGUACAGGUCGAGUCGAUCCGGCUUAUCGUCAUCGAUGCGUGAAUGCUGGUCUUCCCUGAGUAGACAAAUAACAGGAAGACGGAUUUCCUUCUCCUG